AAACUCCGCGCUCCUCCGUCUCCCUCCGAACUCCGCGCCUUGCCCUCAUCUCCGGCGACCUCCCCGGCGGCGGGGAAACCGCAUGGAGCAGUAGUACCGUCGCGGCGUCCAUCUCCUCCGGCCCCGCUGCCGGUCGCCAUGGCGAACUACCUCGCGCAGUUCCAGACCAUCAAGUCCUCCUGCGACCGCAUCGUCAUCGCCGUUGAGGAUGUGAGCGAUUUGUGGCUCAAUGUCAAGGAAAGUUUUGAGCAACGUCUACCAGUGAAGAAGGCCUGCCUCAACAACAAGGCGAGGAACCCUGUUUUUGUUGAAAACCUGCCAGCUGAGUUUAUACAAACUACUGAUUCAAGGCUUCGGAGUCGCUUUCCGUAAGAACAAUACUUGUUCUGGUUCCGGGAGCCAUAUGCGACUGUUGUUCUUGUUACUUGUGAGGACCUUGAUGAAUUUAAGACCAUUCUUAAGCCUUGCCUCAAAUUAAUUGUGCAAAAUGAUGAGCGGGAAUGGUUCAUUGUGUUUGUGUCGAAAGCCCAUCCUAGCAAUGAUCAUGCAAAUAAGAUGGCAAAGAAAGUAUACGCUAGGCUCGAGGCUGAUUUCAACACCAAAAAGAGAGAAAGAUGCUGCAAAUUUGAUCUACAUGGACCCGAUGCAGAAUUCUGGGAUAAUUUUGACUCUAAAAUGGUGGACUGCAUCAGAAACACAUUAGAUAGGCGGGCUCAGUUUUAUGAAGAGGAAAUACGGAGGUUAAGUGAGCAACGGUUCACUCCAAUAUGGAACUUCUGUAACUUCUUCAUUCUGAAGGUAAGCUUGGCAUUCAUGUUUGAGAUGAGUAAUCUUCAUGAAGAUUCACUCCGUGAAUAUGACGAACUUGAACUAUGCUACUCAGAAUCAGUGAACUCUCCAGGGAAACAUCGAGAAUUUGGAGGAUUAGAUACUGGUGAUGACCAGGCUGUGCUGCUAAAUCCAGGAUUCAAAGCACUGACCCAAAUUGUUCAGGAUGAUGUAUUCAGAGAUUUUGAGUUCAGACAGUACAUAUUUGCUUGCCAGUCUAAGUUAUUGUUUAAAUUGUUCCGCCCAAUUGAGGUUGCUGCCAGAGGAUAUGCUUUUGUUGUUGGCUUUUCCAAGACACUAGCCUUUCAUGAAAAUGCUCUACUAUUUUGUUUCCAUGAAGUAUGGGUGAUAACUGCAUGUUUGGGUUUAAUAAAGUCUACAACUUCACAUUAUGAUGGUGGAGCUGUUGCUAUUGAUUCAGAGAAAGAGUUUUAUCGCCUUCAGGGUGAUCUUUAUUCACUCUGCCGUGUUAAGCUUAUGAGGCUUGCUUAUUUGAUUGGUUAUGGGAUUGAGAUAGAAAAGAGUCCAGUCAACAGUGCAUCUUUAAGCAUGCUACCAUGGCCAAAGCCAGCUACAUGGCCUUCAAUUCCUCCUGAUUCAUCGGCAGAAAUAAUGGCAAAGGAGAAGAUGAUUCUUCAAGCAGAACCAAGAGAAAAGCUCUUCAACAUUCACAGGAAACCUCUGCCACUAGAACCUUCUCUACUUCUACGUGAGGCUAAUAGGCGCAGAGCUUUUCUUUCUGUUGGAAAUAUAUCUGAGUUAUAGGAUUCAGCAGCUGAUGGUUCAGUUUUAGAUGCAAAUUCAAAACUUCCUCCCAACAGAUCUGCUUCUAACUUCAUGACAAGAACAUUGUCAGGUCCACCAAUGUCUGAGACUCCUCUUGAUCGCCCCAUGAGGUUAUCAGAAAUUCAUGUUGCAGCUGAGCAUGCACUGAAACAGAUGAUAUCAGAUCCUGAAUUUAUGACAUCACUUUCAUCACUAGAAGAAUUUGAGAAAAGAUAUAUGGAGCUUACUAACGGUGCAGCUGAUAAUUAUCACCGCUCUUGGUGGAAAAGACAUGGAGUUGUGCUUGAUGGAGAGAUUGCAGCUCUAUUCUUCAAGCAUGGAAACUAUGAUUUGGCUGUGAAAUCCUAUGAGAAAGUAUGUGCUAUGUAUUCUGCAGAAGGCUGGGAAGAGCUGUUGGCAGAUGUUCUUCCUGAUCUUGCAGAAUGCCAGAAGAUUCUCAAUGAUGAAGCUGGUCAUUUGGCUUCCUGUGUAAAGUUACUUUCUCUGGACAGUGGUUUGUUUUCAUCUAAAGAGCGGCAAGCUUUCCAGUCAGAAGUUGUUCGACUUGCUCACAGUGAAAUGAAGCAUACUGUGCCCCUUGAUGUCUCAUCACUAAUUACAUUUGCUGGAAAUGCCAGUCCACCACUAGAAUUAUGUGACAGGGAUCCCGGUACACUAUCUGUAGCAGUUUGGAGUGGCUUCCCAGAUGACAUCACGCUGGAAUCUCUCAGUUUAAGAUUAUCAGCUUCUUCUAGUGCAGAUGAAGGUAUCAAGGCAAUAAAGAGUUCGGGUUCUCAUAUUCUUGUACCAGGUAGAAAUGUUAUCACUUUUGACAUUCCUCCUCAGAAGCCUGGUUCCUAUGUGUUGGGUGCUCUUACGGGACAGAUUGGCAAGCUGUCAUUCAGAUCGCAUAGAUUUUCCCAGGAUGGUCCAGUGGAUACCGAUGAAUUCAUGAGCUUUGAGAAGCCAACUAGACCUGUUUUGAAGGUUAGAAAACCAAGGGCUUUAGUUGAUAUUACCCCUGUUGUGUCCUCUGCAUUGCUUAUGAAUGAGCUCCAGUGGAUUGGAUUAAUCGUCAAGCCAAGAGACUAUUCUUUAAAAGGUGGCAUAUUGCAUAUAGAUGCCGGUGCUGAACUGAAAAUUGAGGAGUCUCAGAUGAUUGAGAUAGAAAGUUACAGAAGUGAUAUGGAGCAUGCUGGUUCUGCUGAUAGCUCCAUUGAUGGUGAAAGGGUUGAAAAGAUCCCUAUUGAAAAUGGGAAGAUAGAACUUCCAGAUUGGGCUAGUGAUGUGACUACUCUAGUUUGGUUUCCUGUUCGUGCUAUUGAUGACACGAUUGCCAAGGGAGAAUCCCCAGCGUCUCCUCAGAAACAGAGCAUAGUAGACGGAAUGAGAAUGAUUGCUCUGAAACUUGAAUUUGGAGUUUUCCAUAAUCAAGUAUUUGAAAGGACCAUUGCAGUACAUUUCACUAACCCAUUCCAUGUAAGCACACGCGUUGUAGACAAGUGCAAUGAUGGAACUCUACUACUACAGGUGAUAUUGUGUUCUGAAGUGAAGGCCGCUCUGCAUGUAAAGGAUGUACGGUUAGAUCUUCAAUCUGGAUUUGAGCACUUAGGAAAGGGGGACGGGCGACCAGCUUCAAGUUUGUUCCCUCUGGUUAUCGCUCCUUCUUCCAGAGCAGGAAUUUUAUUCAUAAUACGGUUAAGUGGCACAAAAGAUCUGGAUGAGGUAGAAAAUGCAGACAGCAUGCUGAAUAUUAAGUACGGAAUAUCUGGUGACAGAACAACUGGAGCACAUUCUCCAGUUCCUGUCAAAUCCAACGAUUGUGAAGAGCUUCUGUUCAAGAUUGCACUCAAACUGAAGCGACCUGUCCUCGAUCCAUGUCUAGCAGUUGGAUUCCUUCCAUUUUCCACAGAUUGCCUGAGGGUUGAGCAAUUAGUUAAUAUGAGAUGGAGGGUUGAGAGGCUGAAAAAACCGGAGGACACAUCUAUAUCUGGUGACGAAAUACUUUAUCAGGUCGAUGCUAACCCGCAGAACUGGAUGGUUGCCGGGAGGAAAUGCGGCCACAUAUCGUUGUCAAAUGGGCAAGGUUCAAGGAUGGAGAUCACCGUGACAUGCGUCCCGCUGGUGUCCGGGUACGUCCACCCGCCGCAGCUGGGCCUGCCCGAGGUGGGCGAGGCGAACAUCAGCUGCAAUCCGGCAGGGCCGCACCUGGUGUGCGUCCUUCCUCUGGCACUUAGCACCUCCUACUGUAUACUGGCAUGAUUCAUCCUGUGCACUUACCAUUUUCACCUAGAAGAGUUGUAGUGUCCGUUUUUUUUUUUUUUUGUGCGGACGUGUUUCACUGGAACCAGUUUCUUGCAAUUUUAUUGUACCAUAAUCGUAGUGUACAAUUGUACAUUGACUGAUAAGUGAAGCUGGGUUCUCCAGGAUUCUGCAAAAAUUUUCAAGCUUGAUUUAUUCUGUAAUUUGUGCUAUUUACGGACAAUUUAUGUUCCUAUUCUUAGCUUGAACCAUCACCGGUGACUCUGAACUAUUUCACUCGUGAGGCUCGAGGUUGCAUUGCC